AUGUAUUAUGGAAACAACAGCACCAGUGGCCGGAGAUUCUUUCAGGAGUAAGUGGCCAACCUGUCUUUGAUGAUAGAAGUGGUUCAGAAGUUUUUUUCGUAAUUUCAGUUACCUUGUUUUAGAUUUGGAGGUAAUGCUCCAAGACCCGGCAUGCCGCCACUGCAGCCCCCGCCGAUGGGACCUCCAGGUCUCCGAGGGCCAGUGUGGGCGAGUGGUCCAGGUCCGAUGAUGGGUGCGGGGCCUUUUCGGCCACAAUUUCCUAUCUUCCGUCCGCCAGUCUUCAACGGACCUCUGAUGAAUUAUUUUCCCCCUGGUAAGUUGUCUUCGUCUUGUUUUUGUUGACUUUUAGGUGCAACUAGGGAUACAGGAUCGACGUGAGAAUUGUGAAGACGGUUUCGGACUAGUUUGAGAGGUUUAUUUCAGUCCUUUAGCAGUUUUUUUGGAGAUUAGGGAUUUUUGAUCAUGGAUAAUAUUAAUUGGCAAUUUCUCCUUCGUAUUUUUCGAUCUGUAGCUGAAAGUAUAUAUUGGCUGGUAAAAAGCAGGUGAAUUUUGCCUUUAGUUAAGAUGCUACCUAAAAUUUUGUACUUUACGCUACCAUUCAUCUUUUUUCGACAUCCAUCUUCAAGACCUAAAACAAUAUCAAAAACAAUAGAUUUUCCGCCUGAAAUCACUGAAAAAAUGUCCUGUAUAGCUCGUGCAGUCCUCAAGAAGUCUUUUUCUUCAGAUAACUUCGAGACUCCAAGCGCAAACAUGGCCGCAAAUCAGCGAAAUUGCAUUGGCGAGAACAGACCCGACGACUACAAAAGAUACGACUGUUUUGAAAAUUUUAACGCUAAAGAUGAGAUCAAACUGGAUGUGGAGUUAUCUUCCAGACAAUGCACAGUAAAAUGGUGGCCAAUUGCGAAGCUCUGUAAGGGAAUUUGGGGUUGUUUAACCUUGAUUUACUUGACUUUUGGUGUAUAAAAGGAAAAUUUUAAUUUUCAUUGAUAAAUUUUGUGUUUUUAGCUGCCGCGGACUUUGAAUAUUGCUAUGAGGUCAGUUGUCAAGGUGGAUCGAUGGUCAAGAGUGAGAGAUUCAGUGCAAAAUUGAACGAAGUUAGUCUAAAAACGAUCCCUGGUCAUGACUACAAAUUCAAGCUGACUUUGAUGAAAAAAGGAACAACAGAAGCCUAUCUUCAGAAUACAAUUGAUUUUAGAGCAGGUCAGUUAAAAAUUUUUUUUUUGAUUUCUGGAUUUAGAAUCAAGUUUUGGCAGAGCACGUCAUGUGUAAUAUAGACCAAGUACAAUAUGAAUUUUCAGUCUUCAACCUCGAUGAAAUUGGCGAAUUAUACGAGCUGGCCCGUCGUUUCAUCGGUGACACUCCGCUCCAGAACUUUACCUUGCUUUAUCGGUGCAAACCGCGCCAUUAUUUCGAUGACGUCAUCAAUAAUCGAAAUGGAAUCAUGGAGAAAUAUAUCAAAGACGACAAUGGCCACAGAGCCUCGCCCAUCAACGGCAAGCUGCGAGGAUUGUUUUUCAGCGGAGAGAAGAUUGACAACAAGCUGCCGGCGUUCAGUCCCUUCGGAGAUGUGCGAAUUACCAUACCCGUGGACAAAUUGAUCCGUCCCGGCUUUGUGAACCUCUAUUUUUGCGACUUUUACUGCAACAGCAAGCCGCAUUAUGUAACUGUCGUCAUUUGUCAGAAAGGAUCCCAUCCGGAUGAGUGAGUUUUGGACGAUUUUUUACCUUGUUUUAGGGGAUCAGGAGGACCGGAAAGAAAAUUUGUGAUAAGGAUUGAAAUAAGGAUGCGGGAGGGUUGAAACCUGUCUAAAAAUGGUCGUGUGGGGUUGAAAAUUGAGCUUACAAAGUUUUGGGAAUUUCUAGGAAUUUUGAAAAUUCAAAUUGCCGCCAAGUUUGGCAUUGUGCCCACGAAACCUAAAAUACCGAUUUUGAUGGUCCAAUGGCAAAAUAGAGAGCUUGUUGGUAAUCUGGAGUUGAUUUUAUUAUUUUCUGAAAAUUUAUUUGUAGUUUAGACAACAAAAUUCUAUUAUCCAUGAUGAGGUCCACAGUUUUUUGAGAAAUUUUGGUCUAAUCACACUGAAGUUAUAAAAAUGACCUUACUUUGCCUUACAGGUGUUUUAUUUCUUCGUUUUUUAAUUCGAUAGGAGGAUUUUUAAAUGGUAAUAUCAUCAUGGAUAAUAUAAUUUUUGAGGACUUUGACCAAUUUUGUUGGUCUAUAACUUGUCAUCAACGAUAGUACAUACCUUUGAAAGGUAUUUGGAGAUAUUUUUAUUUUUGUUUACUGUCAAUUUCAGCUUCUGCAAGCGAAAUGCCAAGCCCUUGGACCUCUACAGCAACCCGUUUUUCCGGGUGGUCCCAAAGAGUGAAGGCGCUCCGGGUCCCGAUUACUUGUUCUUCGUCAGUAAUGCCGUCCAUGUGGAGAUUUGCUACACCGAGAAUGUUCCGUUGUCCAUGGGAAAAAUGAGUCCGGUCCAGCCGUUUGGAAGAGGCUCCUCGAGAAUUGGAGGUGAGAUUUUGCAAUUUUUGGCCGAUGAUUUUACUUGGAAUUCGCGUUUAAUAGUCGAGCAUGGGCUGAGAUUUUAUUUGGGACAUUUUUUUGGGUAUGAACUUAUUUUUCAAUUUUUGAUGAUCGAAACUUUGUGACAAAAAACGUGCCAUUUUGCAUAGGGGAAGUAUCAAAAACGCAACAAAAUACCUCCCUCUCCAAGUGAAAAAACUCAGCGCUUAUCAAAUUGGAGUCUUUUCACUUGGAGAGGGAGGUAUUUUGCUGCGUUUUUUGGUACUUCCCAGAUGCAAAAUGGCACGUUUUUUGUACUGGAUCAGGUCGGCCAAUGUAUCCAAACCAAGUUGACUUCAUAUCCGUAUUUUGCAAAUCCAAAAAAUCUCUAAAGUUUUUGCCACUGGAUCAGACCUGCCGUUGUGUCAAAAAAUAUUUUUUCCAGGUCUCCGCAACAAUAUCCACUGCGAAAUCUGCAACUUCAAGAAGACCACAGAGAAGGAGCGACCUGAUGCCGCCCAAGGAGCGCAGGUCGAAACGUUCAAACCGGAGGACUUGGCGAUCUCAUUGAAGGAGGAGGAAACCGAACAAAACAACCCCGACCCCAACAUGGAAAUGGAAGCGGAGUAAGUUUGGCGUGUGCAUUGAUGUUGUUGGUGUAGCACUCGUUACAGAGGCCCCGCUUUCUUGCACCCACCCAUCUUUUUGUGACGGUGUUUUUGCACGGUGCGAAAGUAGGCGAGCCUCGAAAAAGGCCGGAUUUUUGUGGGAUCUUUUGGAGGUUUCAGGGAGUAUAGGCCAUUUUCAGGCAUGAAAGACCCUCACAAACACUCACCACCCAUCUCGACUUCCCUCAACGAUACGACCGGUCGAUGUUCGGAUUCUUGCCCGAUGAGUCGGUCAUCCGAAAAAUGCACAUUGAGAACAGUGUGGGCUCGGACGAACAACAGAAAGAGAUCAAUGAGGCCGUGGUGAAAUGUGUGUUCAGUUUGGUGGAGAAUACGGCGACGGAACUGGAGGAAAAGCCCAGAACGCUGAAAAUUCUGCAGAAAUUUUCUGGAAAUUCCAAAAAUGGGUAGGUUUUUGGUUGUUUUUUUUGGUUAAAGAAAUGGAAAAAAGAAAAAGUAGAGUAUUUAGAGGGUAGUAGAUGGGAGAAAGGGAUUUUUGCGCAAGAAAACUUUGAGGUUUUUGAAAUUUUAAAAAAUUUUUGGAGAUUUUUUGGAAAUUUUUUGAUUUUUUCGAUGAUUUGAGGCGGUUUAUUGAUGGUUUGAAGGGAGGUUACGAAGUAGAAAAGUAGUUUAGAGGAUUUGAAAAUUUUUGUUGUAAAAAUUAUUUAAUUGAAGUUCGAAUUUUUGGGGAUUUAAAAAAUUUUGUGAAAAUUCUGACAAUUGUGAGCAUUCUUCAGCAAACGCUUCUCUGCUCUCUUUGACAAACUCCGCGAUGUCCUCCUUCCACCCAGAAAACGCAAAUUACUCAAAGACGCCCUGGAGAAAAACACAGCGCUGCAAGCGGUCAUCAAAGCUUCUGACGAAGCCGUGGAUGAAGUGUCGAAGAAACGCAUGAAACUUGAAAUUCAAGAUGAAGUCGAGAUCGAUCUCACCAAAAUGGACCACGAAGAGCAACCGCAAAACGAUCCGGAGACUGUGGAGAUGUUUGAGAAGUUCUACGAGUCCACUGAAGGCGUCGAUAUUGAGGAGGAGCUUCAUGGUGAAGAUCGGUUUGGUGCUGGAAAAUCUGGAGAACGGGAGGCAAGAGAAGCUGAUCAGAGCGAUGCUGAUAAGGUAAAAUUUUGGGGAAGGGGAAAUUUUGGCGAUUUUUUGCGGAUUAAAAGGAAGAAAAUUGAGAUUUUGUGGCGGGAAUGGGAAGAAAUUGGAGAGGUUUGGCAGAAAAUCGAUUUUUUUCGAAAUUUGAUGGUGAAAAAAAGAUUCAAACGAAUGUUUUAUAAACUGUUAGACCUGAGAUUAUCUUUUUCAGACCCUCACUCAAUCAGAACUUGACCUGACCGUGGUGGGCGAUAACUUUUUUGCAUCUACAACACACCAUCCGGAAGAUCCACAAAAUGGCAAAGAAUUCUCGAUUGAGGAGGAAAUUGACGAAAUCUUUAAAGGACUAGAUGAGUAUGAUAGAAAAGCUUUGGAAAGAAAAGAAAAAGGAGCAGCAGAGAGCAAGGAAAACGCCUUGAACACCUCCGCUUCCAGCUGCCCCGAAAUUGAUGAAGAAAACGCAAAAGCAGAGAAAGAGUUGAUGGAAAGCGUCAAAAAAGAAAUUGAAAUGGCGGUAAUUGCGGCUAACAGGGACCUAAAUGUGGGACAAAGCGGAGAUCAAGGGAAUAUGGCGAGUGGCGAGGCUAUCUUUGAAGUUGAACAUGAUCAAGAAAGUGAAGAUAAAGAAUGGAACGAUUCGAUGGGUAGUCAAGGAGAUGUUGACAGAGAUGUUAAUGUGGACGAUUCUCAGGAUCAAGACGUUCGAAUUAAGGCUCAGGAGGAGGCUGUUCAACAGCAGGUUCAAGAGGAGUCAAAGGAUUCCCAAGAUGUCGUCGAACAAGAGGUCGCUGAAGAAAACCCGGUGGAAAAUAGUGAAAAUGAAGAGGAGAUUCAAGUGGUUGAUGACGAACAGCAAGCUGAGGAGGCAGAGAAUUCGGCUGAAGAAGAGUUACGAGCAUCGCAGGAUCAGGAAAUUAUCAAUUUCAUCGAUUCCACUUUGAACGCGCAUCAAGAACAAGAUGAAGAUCAAGAAGUGAAUGUUGUUGAUGGAAGCUUCUCGAGUGAAGGUUCUCAAGGCCAGGAAAAGCCAGAAGAGGACGGUGGCCAACAACAGAAUGAAGACUUGGACCUGAAAGAUGUUGUUGAACAUGAACAAGGUGAAGACAAUGAAGAUCAUCAGAUGGAAGAACAAAAGCACGAAGAAGAAGAAGUGGUGGUCAGUGAUGAUGAAGAAAUUGUUGUUGUUGAUGGACUCGUUGAUGAACCCGAAGUUGGCCGCCAAGAGGAAGAGCAGCAAGUUCAAGAAGGUCAAGAUCAACAAGGUCAAGAUGAAGAGCUGGAAGUUGUUGAGCCGGAGAAUGAUGUGCACUUUGAGGAGGAUGGAGAUGUUCAGAUCGAAGAGAAUGAGGACGUCCAAUUUGAUGACAGGAAUCAGGAUACGAUGGACACGGCUGAUACCGAAGGAGAUGAUGUUGAAUUGGACUCCGAAUCGGACGAAAGGCCCGAUGAAAUGAGCGAAGAAGAUAGUAAUCCGGUCGUGGAGGAGGUGGACACCACAAACGAUGGGGAAAAUGUGAGUUUAGGUCGAAAAGUUGGAGGGAUAUUAUACUAGGUCAUGUUGAAGAUAAUUUUUGAUUUUUUUGGUUGUUUCUUUUGGUGAAGUGGAAGUUUAUAGAAGGAAAAAGAAAAUAUAGAGUCUGUUAUGUUUAAUUAGAUAGGAAAUUAACGGUUUUUUUAUAUAAUGUAGCUUUAAAUUGUGGGCUUUGAAAUUUAGGUCAUGGUGAAUAUAAUUUUUGAUUUUUUUGUAACUUUUUUUGGUCGGACAAUAUUUUAUGGGUUUCAUUAAAAAAUAUAGAGCUGAUUUGACAUAAUGGACAAAGAUUAUACGAGAUUUUUUGUUUUUAUUACGUAAAAUUUUACGUUUGAAUUAUGUUACCCUUCAGGACGAAGUGGUCAUCCAAGACAGCGAGGAAGAGCCCCAAAACACGGACGAUGAAAUUCCGGAGGACGCGUAG